AUGAACUCUAUGAAGGAUCCGCUGAAUUUAGACCUCCACCACAGCCACCAUAUCCCCGGGAAUAAACUUGCCUCCGCGCUCCACACGCCGCUCGCGAUGGCCUCUAGUCUGCAGCCGCUUCAGCGGUCUGUAGACAACAAACAUCGGCUGGAGGUGCACACAGUGUCGGACACCUCCAGUCCAGAGUCCGUAGAAAAAGAGAAGGGUCAGAGUAAAAAUGAAGAUUCGUCAGAUGACCCAUCGAAAAAGAAGAGGCAGCGGCGGCAAAGGACACAUUUCACUAGCCAGCAGCUGCAAGAACUGGAGGCCACCUUUCAGCGGAAUCGCUACCCGGACAUGUCCACCAGAGAAGAGAUCGCCGUCUGGACCAACCUGACGGAAGCCAGAGUAAGGGUGUGGUUCAAAAACCGACGGGCAAAGUGGAGGAAAAGGGAGAGGAAUCAACAGGCUGAACUUUGCAAAAACGGGUUCGGCCCUCAGUUUAACGGACUAAUGCAGCCCUACGACGAUAUGUACCCUAGUUACACGUAUAACAACUGGGCGGCCAAGGGGCUGACAUCGGCCUCGCUGUCUACCAAAAGCUUCCCCUUCUUCAAUUCCAUGAACGUCAACCCGCUGUCGUCUCAAACUAUGUUCUCCCCGCCUAACUCCAUCUCCUCUAUGAGUAUGACAUCCAGUAUGGUACCGUCCGCUGUCACGGGUGUACCCGGAUCCAGUCUCAACAGUCUAAAUAAUUUAAAUAACCUUAGCAACCCGUCUCUCAAUUCGGGAGUUCCCACGCCGGCGUGCCCUUACGCUCCGCCGACACCUCCUUACGUGUAUCGAGACACUUGUAACUCCAGUCUGGCUAGUCUGAGACUGAAAGCCAAGCAACACUCCAGUUUUGGAUACGCCAGCGUUCAAAAUCCGGCCUCCAACCUGAGCGCUUGCCAAUACGCAGUGGAUAGACCGGUGUAA